CUUAUCUCAUGUACAUAAAACCGACAGCAUUUUCAGACCGAAACUGACAAUAUCAACAACACACCGAGGUCAAGAUUGGCAUUAACAGCUUUAUUUUGCUGAAAUGGCGUUGAACCAGGAAGCUGCACUAAGAGAAAAACUUAUUCAGCUUCAGUGCCACUUCACCUGGGCUCUCGGGAAAGAGGGCACUGACCUCAGUGACCUGAAAAUUAGACUGGAAAAUGAUAUUAAUUUCAGUUCAGCUGAUCAAGCCGGGGACAAACACUUAUUCAGCUUUUUGGCUUUUCUGAACUAUUUGCAAGACCAGCCAGAAGAAGCACUUGCUAACUUGGCAAAGGCUGAAGACCACAUUCGUAAACACAACAAAGAAUGUGAGAAAAUGCUCAUUGUAACAUAUGGAAACUUUGCAUGGCUGUACUACCACUUGAACGACCAUGUAAAAUCUAUGAGUUAUCUGGAGAAGGUGGAAGAUAUUAGGCAGCGAUUUCCAACACAGUCUCCUACUGCUUUUCAUGCGGAAGUCUACGGAGAGAUGGGAUGGACCUUCCUCAUGUAUUCUAGGAUAUACCACAAGAAAGCUAAAGAGUGCUUUGAGAAAGCCUUGAAAGAGUAUCCAGACAAUCCUGACUGGAACUGUGGUUAUGCUACAGCGCUGUACCGGGUUGAAUUUGAGAGCAACACAACUGCAAAUUCACCAGCUGGUAAACAGCUAAGGCGUGCCUUAGAGCUGAGCCCUGGGGAUUCUUAUAUCAUGGCACUUUUGGGUCUAAAACUAGCUGAAUCUGGGAGAUUGAAUGAAGCAGAGGAAUUGAUUAAAAGAGCUCUCAUGAUUUCACCAGACAAACCCCACAUCAUACGUUAUGUGGCAAAGUUUUUCAGAAGAUAUGGAUCUAUGGAUAAAGCCAUAUACCUUGUGAGGCUUGCCCUUGAAAAAACACCCAAUUCAGCCUUUCUUCAUCAUCAAAUUGCAACCUGCUAUAGGAAUAAAAGAAUCAACUUGUGCAGAAAUAGAGGGGAAAACGUUAAUAGAGAAGAGGUUGAAUAUCUUCUCCGACUUGCCAUCUGUCAUUGUGAGAAGGCUAUUGAGAUAAAGUCCUCCUUCGUUACUGCCGUGAUAGAUCUAGCUUUUUUACAUGUAGAGAAGAGAAAUCUUCCCAAAGCAGAGGAGCUGUUUCAGGAAGCAUUUCAGGUGGCCAGAGAGAAAAAUAUCAACCUGCAAAAUGUCCAUCAAUGUUAUGGUGACUUCCAGCUGUUUAACAAAAGAUCAGAGUCUCUGGCCAUAGAGCAUUACAUGAAAGGGUGUCAAAUUCAGAAAGAUAACACAGUGGGUAAGAAGUGUGUUAAGAAAUUGAAAAUGAUAGCAAAGAGGCGCAUUGACUGGAAUCCGAGUGAUGGGGAAGCUUUUGGGAUUCUGGGAUAUGUUAAUAAGCUAAGGGGUGACAAGCUUCAAGCCAUAGAGUGCUAUGAGAAAGCUCUUUUACAUAGUCCAGGGAACGGUGAGUUUCUCACAGCUCUCUGUGAGCUUCGGCUUUCUCUGCACUAG